GUGUAUCCUAGAGCUGUGGCAGAUAGCCCCGUCCACAGUGAGUGUGCAGCAUCUUCCAACGAAAUGAUAAAACCCCCCGAGAAAACGGACAUGGACAACAACAUCAAAGCGAUUAUGGACAUGAGCCCCCACAUCGACGGCAACCAGAAGGGCAAGGACGUGGACAACGACAUUGCGGACAAGGACCACAACCAGAAGGACAAGGACGUGGACAAAGACGUUGCGGACAAGAACCACAGCGGCAACCACAACAGGAAGGACAAGGAUGUGGAGGAUAAGGACGCGGAUCCCAAGGGCAACGCCAAGGACACCACCAAUGAGCACAAGGCCGAGGAUGUGGAGAGCGAGGAUUCGGACUCAUCGUCAUCUUCGAGUUCCGGUGAGUCCGACCGCCCGCUUCCCGUAGUUGACACCUCCAAUUGGAAUUCCGAUUGGCACGAUACGUGGGAGCAUGCUCUCACUUUGUCCAGCCAGGUUGACUCUGCGCACAAGCGCCGUGUCUUGAACUCAAUGCUCCGCACCAUUGCCCACUGCCAUACCAAAUGGAAUGAGGAAUGUAUGCUGCAGAAGCAGUAUGACGAACUCCCGCCACCAUUUGGUCUCAAGGUGAUUGUUUCCAUGCCGUACAAGUUGCAGAUCGCCAUAAUGAGGGUCAACGACAUAGCCUACGGUACAUUGAAGAUGAUAGACUUCACGCCCAACUUCCGUGCCGGACCUUUGGCUAUACAACUCAUGCUGAAGCAAACGUCGCACUGGUUCGCCCACUUCACGCAAGUGACACCAAAACUUCUCAAGGAGUCCAAGCCCAAGCAGGACCCUGACGAUUUGCAGAGUGGCUUCGCGUACAUUAAGGCCAAGGAAUGCCUACCAUGUCAUCCGAGUGGGAUUGUGUAUGUGAAGACCAUGAACGACUUCUAUUUGACCUUGCACGACCUUGCCGCCUGGUUCUUAGACGAUGUUGUUGUUGAACUUCUUGGAGAUCUCAAGUCCAAGACAAUCGUUCUUCCCGGUCUGGCCGAAAAAGGAAAGACACCUGCCGCGCAGGCGAUUGCCAUGGCAAUCAGUGAGUACUACAUUCUUCGGGACAAAAAAGAUGAUAGCAUCCGGCCGGGUUCCCGCAUAUGCUCAUCCCUAGAUCAGCUGCGGGGAGAGUCGGGCGAAAAAUGCCGACCAGACAUCCUUGAUGAUCCAGACGUGAACACGGUGCCAAUUCCCAAGUUAAAGAGCUUCCUCGACAGUUCCCUUGCAGAAUGCCACACGGUUGAGAGAUGGACUGCAGCAAGAUCUGUGCAAAAUCAACUACGCAUGCUUUGCGACAAUAAGGUCGAUGAAAAGGCAGAGCCCCCGGAAGACAGCGACACCUCCAGAGAGAUCGACACCUUUUACGACAUGAUCAAGCCGGCCUUUCACGAAAAAGCGAAACUGCAGGAUGUCAUGGCGUGCUUGAAGAGAGCACACUUUGUUGUCAACAUGAACAGGGCGACCUUCAUACGCAAGGCCGGGACCAGCAAGGACCCGGUGAUUCGUGUGCCGCACAUGGACGGAGUGCGGGACUUUCUCAGUGAGGAGAGGAAGUCUGUUAUUGGCUAUAUGCAGGACGGCCACAAGACACCCCCAAAGGACUGGGUGCAAAAACUCCAGUGGUCCCACGACGUGAUGACUCUGAUCAUCGAGUCGCAAAAGAAGCCUCCCCGCACGAGAGCAAUCGUCUCAUCGGAUAGCUUCGCCAAUGGUUCCAAGAUGCUCAAAGAGAUCAAGCUCUCGCUGCCGUUUUUCGGUCAUGUUUGCCCCGCCUUCAUUGCUGAGGAACGAGGUGCCUUUUCUGUGCAGUACGACUACCAGCUCCUACUAUCCAGGGAUGAGGACGGGGACCGGGACGGGGACAAGGAUGAGAAAGAGGCGGCCGAGGACAAGGUGCGGAGUCCCGAGGUAUUGUCAAAUGUCACUGCCAAACAGUUUGAAAAGGAAGUUUUGGCGGAGUGGAAAGGGGAGCAAAGAUGGAUCAGGUUCUUCAACCUGGUGGUGGAACAGCUGCGAGAGCAAGAAAUCGCAGCGGAUGUUAAGGAACCACCGGAGGACGUGGCCAAGGUCUGGGUUCUCGUUUUGUAG